GGCAUAUAGAGAAGUUGGUCUUUAUUCUAUGAGUUGUUGCCCUUGUGGCUAAAAUGGCGCUGCACGUGCGGACGGCGCGUGUCGGACUCGAAAAACUCUUGCGCUUGCCGGUGCUGGGAAAGCAACUGAGUACCUCGACGACGCUUCGUGUAAAAGAAAUUCGGGAGUCUCAAGAGGGCAACACGACAGUGAUCGAAGGCGUGUACGUCGACUCUCCUCGUAAGGGGUUCUUGGUCAAACCGAAGCACACCAGUUCGGCGUGCCCACUAUGCAGGUUGGGAUUAAAGAGGCUGAACCACACGGACGUCCUAAUCCUGAGCCAAUUCAUGGACGCGCGAGGAAACCAGCUGCCAAGGCAUGUGACAGGCCUCUGCGCUAAACAGCACAGGAUCGUGGGCACUCUGCUCUACGAAGCCCAAAGGACAGGGCUCAUCUACAACGAGGAACAUACCCCGAAGGAAAGGUGGCAAGAGCUGAACAACUACUUUGGCCGCACAAAGCUCAAGAUAGACUUUGGCAAACCACUCAUCGACAUCAAAGAAUACCUCAGAAAGCCCCCUUCAAUGUAAGAAAUAAUGAAACCGCAUUGUAGUGACAUUUUUUUUUAUU